GAACGAAAGACAUUCAAGAUCGCUCCACCUACUGACAUCAUGUCUCGCCUUCAGGCAUUCUUACCGCAAAUACAAGCUGCUAAUGCCAGUCUUCAAAACAUGAAACCAGAGGAUCUUGACAUUGAGCAAGUCGAGGAAGACGAACAAUACAUUGAAAUGAAUCUUGGAUUGGGAGUAUAUGAACACAAGCGAGAAGUUUCAGACAGUGAAGACGAUGAAGACGAUGAUGAU